GAUCAAGCCUCGCUUGCUUGACUUACUCUUUUCCUUUCACCACCACCAUCACCAUGCUCUUCUCCCUCUUUACAUCUCUCCUUCCGGCACCCACCACCUUGAUACCGCGCUCAGGAGCCGACUUCUACCGGCUCUGCCAAUUCGCCUUCCUAAGCACUCCCCUUCUCGUCCCGCUGGUCCACAUAGUGCAUGCGCCUCAUGGUCGCUUCUCCUUUCCCUCGAGGUGGAAUGUGAAUGGAAACAUCGGGUGGUUCAUCAUGGAGGUCGUGUCUCCCAUCACAUUCCUCCUGUCUCUGGUAUCCCCUGUCCUUACCAGCUCAGCAGGGCUCAAAGACCUCAUCCAGCCGGACUUCAAUAAGCUCACCCGCCUUCCCGCAGCAAAUGCCAUCCUUGCCACGGCCUUUGUCGUGCACUACAUUCAGCGAGCCAUCCUACAUCCUCUCCGCUCAGCAAGACGAUCUCCAAUGCACAUCUCCGUACCUCUGUGCGCCGUCUUGUUCAACCUGAUCAAUGGUUUCCUCAUGGGGAGCUGGAUUGGAGGACGAAGCCCAGUCAUAGAUGUGCCCGCUGAUGCGCUUGAUGCUACGGUUUCUAACCCUCUGGAUCUACUGAGGUCAAAGAUCCCCGCAAGAAUUAUCUCGCCCGGCCUUGCGUCCACGCCAUCGGGGGAAAGCACGCUCAACUGGAUCUUCGCUCUCGGUAUGGUCGGCUGGGCGGUCGGCUUCGCGGGCAACGUCUAUCACGACGAGGUGCUGCUAGACUUGCGCAGACCGAAGAGCAAGAGGCUCACGUCUGCUAUGCGGGCAGAUGCUGACUCGGACGAUGAGGGCGGGUCGAGGAAGGGAAAGGAAAGACAGAGAGAAAAGCAAGGUGAGAAGGAGGGAAAGCCACGAUACGGCAUUCCCAAGGGAGGCCUGUUCAGAUUCGUCAGCUUCCCCAACUACCUCUGCGAAUGGUUUGAAUGGGCCUCGUACGCCGUAGCCGCACUAUCGAUCACCACACUCUCCCCGACACACCCGCACACCCUUCCUCUCACCCCGGCAGCACGACUCGUCCUCUGCCUCACCACGCCACCAGCCCUCUUCCUCCUGGCAGAAUUCUGCCCCAUGUUCCCUCGCGCCCUCACCGGACACCAGUGGUACCACGAGCGAUUCGGCGUUGAUGGGGACGGGAAAGGGGGUCGAUAUCCACGAGACAGGAAGGCCGUCAUCCCUUUCCUCAUCUGAAAACAUAAAUAGGAUAUGCUCUUCUUUCGUCAAUCAUCUCACAG